AUGCUUGUCUCUCACUCUGUAAAAGGCGACAAGUGUCUGAAAGACUACGUCCUUUACGGCGGGAUUUGCUUCAAGGCGUUUCCAAAAGCCGUGACGUACUCCGAGGCCGAGGCUAUCUGUGGCGCCGAGGGAGGCAUCGUGGCACCCGCGAAAACGGAACAACUCCUAAAACUCAUCCGCAAACUCGUCUACUCCGUGAGACCGAUGUACAACUUCUGGAUCGGGCUGGACGACCGGAGAACGGAGGGCGUGUGGCGGUGGUCGGACGGGACGGUGCUGAGAGCCGAGGACUUCCAGACCUGGGUCCCGGGAGAACCGAACAACUACCAGGGCACGCAACACUGCGGACGGUACUGGGCCUCCAUGGAGCAAUGGGACGACGUUGUCUGUUACGUUCGCUACCUGUUCGUUUGUCAAAUAGGACAGACGACUACGAAGACUCAGAGCUACACACCGUCUAACGUGGUACAGACGAGUGCAGUGCGCAUCACCCGCUCACCGAACAGAGGAGUCACUCCGCCGACACCGCUGCAUAACGAUAACAAAACGACUUUGAAGCUGAACCAGGUCAGGAGGCCAACUGUGAAGGAAUCACUUCCGGGGUGGAAGGUCGGCCUCAUCAUCAUCUUCACGAUAGUGGGACUGGUGGCCCUCAUGCUUCUGGUCGCCUUCUUCACCCGCAGCAAAUUCUUCAGGUUCAAGAGGAGCAUUAUGCCUGUUCCAGGGCCACCCUCUACCCAGGAAUAUGGCAGUCAAACUAAACUUGACCCGUGAUUUAGGACCUGUGAUUCAGGGAUUCACUAAAAUUGACGUAGAACGCACCAUGCAUAGCAACCGUUAAAUUUGAUAUUCUGUUUAAUAACAGCAUGUAUAUCAUUAACAAUAUGCAAGUAAC